AUGGUUUCCGUACGAGGAAGCGUGAUCGCUUGGACCCACACUGUGUGUGCAGCAUCCGCUUUUAUUGCAGCAUUCGUCGUUGGAUACACGUUACAUUUCCAUAAGAUUGUUACGAAUGCCUGGUAUUCUUAUCCAGAAGAAUGGUUUCCCAGUGUUAGCGCUACAAUUGGGGAUCGAUACCCAGAAAGGUCCAUUUUCCAGAUUUUGAUUGCACUCACUGCUCUACCAAGGUUCUUGCUAUUGUUCACACACUACUAUGUGAAUCGUUCCGUGAUUACGCUCUUGGUUGGUAUUGUAAGGACUGUUACAUGUGGUGGUUGGGUCUACAUUACGAGUACUGAUGAUCAUGACAUUCAUGAUGUAUUUAUGAUUUCGUACAUUAUUCUAACCCUUCCAUGGGACAUCCUUGUGAUUCGGAACUCUGAGCACAAGAAAUGGAAGAAAAUCGUCAUGGGAACAUUUUUUGGUACGCUAGUUCCAUUGGUUUAUUGGUUCAUCCAACAUCAAAUCCACAGAAGAGCUGGUGCGUACUCAAUUUAUGCGUACUUUGAGUGGUCAUUGAUUAUUUUGGACAUCACCUUUGAUGGGCUAGCAGCACAUGAUUUUGAGCAAAUCAAGAUCGAGGUGUCUCAUUACGAUAAUGAGGAUGAUAAGGCAAGAAAUACAACAGAAAAUGAAUUUGAUAUCACAUUUACUGGUGAUUUAUCAGAGAAAAGUGAGGUCGGAAAGAAAAACAAUGAAGAUUCGAUCGCGGAUAUUUCAUUUGAUGACCAGGAAGGUGUUGUUCAACAAGAUCGUUCUCUAUUGUUGAAUUCAAAUGACGACGAAAUCACCAUUUUACUGAGGGAGACGGAACGUGUCAUGUACCCAGAAGACCUACCUUCCCCUCCAGAACAAGAUUCCUUCAUGUACAUCAUCGUUAACAUCUUCAACUCUUUUAUGUUCUGGACAACUCUAACUUCGUUGUUUUGUAUGAUAUGGCAUUUCCCACUAUGGUACAUGGGUAUUUCAGGAUAUGAAACUGUGGUCAUUGCUACAUUGUCCCCAAUUUUGUUGUAUAUACCACUAGCCAAUGUGAUUAUUGACCAAUACGGAACGCUUCUGGCAAAUGUUCUUUCCAUUGGAGCAUAUUUCAUUGAAUCUCCAGAAGAUAGAUUAAUCACAGUUGCCGUUGCUACCGCUUUAAGCGUUAUGACAUUUGCAUUGAACUUGAACUCAUUAAAUUCUUCUACUGUGACAACAUUCUCAGUAACAUGGGCUUUAGGUCUAGUGCUUUCUACCGUUGUAAAGAUGGGCUUCUUCACAAAUAACCCAUUAUGGGCUAUUAUGGAUGAAACAAACGGUGGAUUGAAUUUCCCAGGUUUAAUUGUCUCUGUACUCUUUGCUUUGAUUACACCAUUCACGAACUCUUGCCAUUUGUGGAACAAACCUAAAGUGCAAACAAGAUUACCUUAUUACCAACGUAUUUUGGCAUCAAUGGGUUUUGGAUCCCUUGUUUUUGCCAUUCAUCAGUCUUUGACUGAUGCUUCGACACUAAUAUAUUGGUGCUGGGAGGGCUGGUCAUCGCAUAAGGGACCAAUGGCUUGGCCUUGGGCAGCACUGGUAUGUAUUGUCAUGUGUUUCGCCAUUGUCACAAUUAACCAAUCUAAACGCAUAAUGUUUAUAACUUUGGCACUUUCUACUUUGCUUGUAUCACUCCCACAAGUUAAGGAAUGGUAUAAAUUUAUCUUUGGCGUUCUACCAUAUACUGUAUCCAUCAUUUGGACCAUUCCGUCAUAUUUCCAAAUGAUGAACUACUUGCAAUCCCCAGGGCUUUUGACAUUUUCGUUCUCCAUCUAUGUUAUUUUAGUGCUUGCACAUGUCUGGACUGUGGCUUACGCGUUUGUUCCAUACGGCUGGUUACUAAGAGAGAGGGAACCGGAGGUGUUAUUCUUUUCAACUAUUUUAAUCUUGGCGGGAUUAAUCAAAUUUGACAACUUAACUCUAUUUUCUUCUGUAACCUCCUCAUUCUUGAAGAAAGUAAAGACGAUAGUAGUUUUAAUCAUGAUAUUAACAGCUACUUUCACAUAUCAGAUUAGACCAACUAUAGUACCAGAACCUUACCACCCAGAGGCUAAUCUCAUCACUUCUGGUAUAUGGACAAUUCAUUUCGGUUUCGACAAUGACUUGUGGGCCAGCGAAGACAGAAUGAUUAAUUUGAUCAAAGAUAUGGAAUUAGAUGUCGUUGGUUUAUUGGAAACAGAUACACAGCGUAUUACCACAGGUAAUCGUGAUUUGACCGCGAAGUUGGCUCAUGAUCUAGGAAUGUAUGCAGAUUUCGGUCCAGGUCCAAACAAACAUACUUGGGGUUGUAUGCUUCUCUCGAAGUUCCCUAUCAUCAAAAGUGAGCAUCACUUGCUGCCAUCACCAGUAGGUGAAUUGGCCCCCGCUAUUCACGCUACUAUUGAGGCAUACGGUGAGCUUGUUGAUGUGUUUGUUUUCCAUAGUGGACAAGAAGAAGAUGAAGAAGACAGAAGGUUACAGAGUGAGGAAAUGGCUAGACUAAUGGGCUCAACAGAUCGUCCAAGCAUCUUGUUGAGUUACUUAGUCACCGACCCACAUGAAGGGAAUUAUAAUACUUACGUUAGUGAAAAAAGUCAAAUGUAUGAUAUAGACCCUACUGAUGAAGAUAGAUGGUGCGAGUACAUAUUAUACAAGAAGCUAAAGAGAACAGGGUACGCAAGAGUGUCUCGUGCUACCAUAACGGAUACCGAACUUCAAGUAGCAAAAUUCCAAGUGCUUCAUGAUGUCGAUCAAAUCAGUGAUGAUGAUCUAUACGAGUAUAGGACAAUUUCUUCAGAUGAAGUGCCUGAGAGCUUUAAAUUCCCAGACAAGUUUUUGGGUGAAGGUGAAAGAGGCCAUUAUUAUCAUGUAUUUGAUGAACCACGUUAUUUCGAUUGA